AAAGCUUUCAUAGAUUUUUUAACCAUUGUUUCCUGCUGGGGUGUGAUAUCAUAAUGUUCAAAUUAAUCACUUCUGAGGAGCAUUUGUGAAUUUCCACAGUUCUAAAGUCACUGAAGUAGGUGACUCAAUUCCAUGUUUGAUUUCUUUAAAAUGCUGUCCAAGCUAUGGGAAAAAAUAGUGGGCACCUGGUAUCGGUUUUAUAAUUGGGUUUUUCCAUAUUAGAAUGGGAAUUUUGUGAAGACUCAAUUAAAAGGAGCGUCCUCCUGUUCUUCUGUCACCCAUCAGACUGAGCUGACAUGAAUGCCAGCAUGCUGUCAUACAUACUCUUCUCUUGCCUGCUGCUCUCUGUGCAAGCAGAGUACUGUGGUGUCCGGGAGAUUAUCCGCUACACACAGCGCCUGCUUGAUGAUAGUUCUGUGAGUUGCCCAUGCAGGCAGACAGCUACCAGUUCAUGUUCGUGUCUCCCCAUUCCUGAAAGUGGCCAUGAACUAGCAUGCUUUGUGGAUGGAACCAAACACCUGAUGGAAAACACAUCUUCCAAUCCAGUAAUUACAAGGCUUUACUGGACCUUCCAGGCUCUACUGGAUAGAAGCCUCUGUAAAAGACUGGCACACAGUGACCAAUGCCAGUAUGAAACCAAGGGAAAUGUGAAGGAAUUUCUAAAAAAAAUCCUAACAACCUAUCAAGAAAUUGAUAAAUUCAAUGCUUAA